UUCCCCAAGACUCAUCCCACCGUAAUCUUCCGCGAAGUAGCCAUGGAGGAAGGGGCCAAACCGACGCAGACCCUCGGCCGGCCGUCGACGUCCUUCCGGCUUCGUUCCGAGAGCCUCAACGCCCUUCGCCUCCGCCGCGUCUUCGACCUCUUCGACCACAACGGCGACGGGGAGAUCACCGUCGAGGAGCUGGCACUCGCCCUCGAUCGCCUCGGCCUCGGCGCCAGCCCCGACGAGCUCCGGCCCACCGUCGCCGCCUACAUCCAGCCCGGCCGCGCCGGUCUCGCUUUCGAGGAGUUCGAAGCCCUCCACCGCGACCUCGGCGACUCCCUCUUCGGCGCCUCGGACGCCAUCGGCGAGACGCACGGGGAGGGAGAGGAGGACAUGAGGGAGGCGUUUCGGGUGUUCGACGAGGACGGGGACGGCUUCAUCUCCGCGUCGGAGCUGCAGGCUGUGCUCGUCAAGCUGGGGCUGGCGGAGGGGCGGAGCAUCGUGCGGGUGCAAGAGAUGAUCUGCUCCGUCGAUCAGGAUUCCGACGGCCGGGUGGACUUCGGGGAGUUCAAGCAUAUGAUGCAGGGCAUCACCGUCAGGGGCGCCUGACCAACGGCACAUGAUGCACCUCUUCUCCUCCCUCCGUUUUUAUUCUUCUUUGUAAUUGAUAAGUAAUCUCUCCUCUCGCAUCAAGACCAUUGGAUUAGAAUCCAACGGCAAUGAUGAGGUCUGAUGUCGUAGAUCUGUAAUCCUCCUAAUAUUAAUGUUCCUAAUUCAUCCAUCA